UAUUGACACGGGUUCGCGAAAUCACUAGAAAUAUCAAUAUUCAGUGUUACACUUGUCAACUUGUUGUCUUAUGUCUAUAAUGACAUUUGUUAUUUUUUAUAAUUAUGUUUUGUGUGUUAUAAUUUCGUAAAUCUUUAGUUGUAAAUGCUUUUCUCCUGAUGUGACGACAUAACGUGAGUUCGCUGACCAAUCAUGCUUCCACGGGAGAAGACCAGCAUUUGCUUAGAAGAGAAAGUGUCAUGUGAAAUCAGAGAGUCGCCUUCAAUGAUGUGGAAGAGGUCGAUUGUGCAAGCGAGGGCUGGAUAUACACGACAUUAUGCUGCUAUGAUUCUAGUUUUAGCUUUGUUUACAUUAUUGAAUUUCCACGUUGAAGCUGCGGAUCUAGUCAUUGAAAUCCCUGGCUGGGGUGCGGAGGGUGCUGAUGGUGCACACUACCGACUCGACUACCGUCCUCCCCAGGGUUCGCCAGCGCCAAACUUUACUGUACCAGCUCGUGCCUCCACGAUCAACUUCCAGGGUCUACCUGGCACUAAAUAUCAUUUUAUGCUAUACUAUUCCAAUGCCACCUUCGCCGACCUGCUCACAUGGAAUCAAACCAUUAUUACGGCGCCGGAACCUCCAACGAAUCUGACAGUGACUUUGGGACGCAACAAGCAGGCAACUAUCUCUUGGUCACCGCCGGCGCACGGCGACUACACCGGCUUCCGUUUCCGUGUGUUGCCGCCAUCAGAAGGCGAGGGUGGUCCAAGGAACGUGACAAUAGAUGGCACUGGCAAUUGGUCCCAUGUACUCCGUGAACUAGCACCUGGUGCCACCUACCAAUUGCACGCUUUCACACUACUACACGAUAAAGAAAGCGCUGCCUACGCUUCCUUCAACUUUACCACAAAACCGAAUACACCGGGAAAGUUUAUAGUAUGGUUCCGUAACGAAACAACGCUUCUUGUGUUAUGGCAGCCGCCCUAUCCGCCGGGCGCGUACACUCACUAUAAGGUAUCAAUCGAACCUAAAGAUGCUCGAGACUCGGAGUUGUAUGUCGAGAAGGAGGGCGAGCCGCCGGGGCCCGCUCAGGCUGCCUUUAAAGGUCUGGUCCCCGGCCGGGCUUACAACAUCUCCGUGCAAACCGUGUCUGACGUGCAGCUCUCCGCGCCGACCACCGCUCAAUACAGAACGGUGCCGUUGCGGCCGCGGAACGUGAGCGUGGACCCCCGCAGGCUGACGGAGACAUCGUUCAAGGUCACCUGGCUGCCGCCGUUGGAGCUCAGCGAGUUCGAGAAGUACCAAGUGUCGGUGGCGGCGGGCGGCGCGGGGGCGGGGGCGCGCCGCUUGCCCCCACAGCUGCGCUCCCGUGACGAGCCCCCGAGCGCCUCCUUUGAAGGACUCGAGCCCGGCGGCCAUUACGCCGUCACCGUUAAGACUAUGUCAGGCAAGGUCACGUCGUGGCCGGCCGCUACCGACCUAACACUGAAACCGCUGCCAGUGCGCGAUCUACAGAGCCGUCUCGUAGAAUCGGACGCGGGCGGAGGAGUAUUCCUAUCGUGGUCACCAGCUGAAGGGAGCACUCAGGACGAGUAUAAGAUUUCAUAUCACGAGACCGGUCCUUCGAGAGACGACAGCAACACGCUGACGACGACCACCACUAACGUGACCCUCGAGGCUCUGCUGCCGGGACGUAAUUACACAGUAUCGGUGAGCGCUGUAUCUCGUGGCGUCGCGUCUAAUGAGACGUGGUCGUGGAGCGCCACUCGUCCGCUGGCGCCGGUGCUCCGUAGCGCCGCCGCUGGGACGAGGUGGCUCCGUCUGGCGUGGAGCUCGGACGUGAACUCGCGUCAGGAGCGCUACGAGCUCCGCUAUCGUCGCCGCACGACGCCGGAGGAGGCCUACGUGACGCUGGAGACGAAGGACGCGAACGCCACGCUGGAGCAGUUGCAGCCGGGCGCGGUGUACGAGGUCCAACUGGCGGCCGUCAGUCACGGACUGCGCAGCGACAGACACACAGUGCUCAAACCAGUCCGCCCUCUACCGGCGGAGUGGCUGAACGUGGAGCGAGUGACAUCUAACUCUGUUGUGGUUCGUUGGCGAGGACCUCACACGGGGUCACUGGCGGCGUACUCGCUCCGCUAUAGGACGGCCGGACUCGACGCCCCCGCGGUCACGAGGCUGGAUCCGCUCCCGGCUACUGUGGAUCAUGCUGAGAUCAGUAACAUGACACACGGAGAGCGGUACACCAUACAGCUGGACACCGUGAGCGAGGAGGCGGCCGGGGAGACGGUCGAGAGCGGCCAGCCUCUGAGCGCCGUGCACACCGUCCGUCCCAACCCUGUUUCUAACGUUGCGUUACUGGCUGAUACUCGUAACGUUACAUUGGAGUGGCCUCGGCCGGAGGGUCGGGUGGAGUGGUAUGAGGUUCGCUGGUGGUCCAGCGAGGACGAGGCGGGGGGGUCCGCGGCGGAGGGGGAGGGACAAGCCUUACGCCGCGUGCCGGCCACUGAGGGCAGUCGGUCGGCGCGGGCGGUGCUCGACGCUCUGCUACCCGGCUAUGGCUACGCGCUCGCCAUAGCAGCACAUUCGUACAAUCUCUCCAGUGACCUGUUUACUAUGCAUACUCGUACUAGACCCUUAAUACAAUCUGAAAUGACCAUCGUCAACGAAUCCGAUGACACUGAUGACAACGACGCUCUUCCAGCCAUUAGGGUGAUUUAUACACGGACGCCGGAAACAGCGACACGAUUCGACACGUAUCGCUUUCGCCUGGAAGGCAGCGGCGAGGGCGGUGAGGCUGGCGAGGCUCGCUGGCAGGAGCGUGCGGCGAGCGCCCCCGCACAGCAGGUUCCCUUCCGCGGCCUCCGCCCCGGCCGCCUCUACAACCUGUCGAUGUGGACGGUCUCCCGGAACGUGACCAGCCACCCCGUGCAGCGGCAGGCCCGACUCUACCCUCGGCCCAUAACGCAGUUGAACGCGACAGAAGUCGGGGCUCACGAGUUAACACUACGUUGGGACCGGCCGGCCGGGGACUACACGGACUUCGAGGUGCAAUACCUGGCAGCGGCCGACCAGCUCGAGACCAGGACGACAUCGGAGCUUGAGCUACGACUCGAUGGACUCUCGCCAUACACGCUAUACACAUUCACUGUAGUCGUGAGGUCUGGGAAGCCUGCCACUAUCCUGAUGUCUUCCCGGGCCCACUCGGCGGUGGUCCGCACGCUCCAGGCCCCGCCCGCGGCGCCCGUAAGGUUCCAGCCGAGUGACGCGACUCCUACUGAGUUAGCGUUCGCCUGGGACCUGCCCGCGGCCGACGCUCACGGCCUACUGCGCGGCUUCGUACUGGAGUACGCAUCAGUCGAUGACCCCUCUGACAUACACACUAUUGAGUUUUCACCAGACGCUCGUUCGGGUCGCGUGUCUGGUUUGACGGCUGGCGGAGAAUACGAGUUCCGUCUGUCAGCGGAGUCCGGCGCUGGUCGCGGCGCGGCGGCGCGGUGGAAGCAACGAAUGGCGAUCGCAGCCCCUCCCCGGCCGAGACCGCACGCCCUGCCCGCGGAGGUCGCCUCACGACGCACGUCCUCCUCCGUCGCCGUGCGGUUCCGCUCCGAUUACUUCUCAGCGGCGAACGGAAACGUAACGGGAUACACGCUGGUGGUAGGGGAGGAGCCGCGCGAGGACACGCCCGCGCCGCUGCCGUCGUGGCGGGAUGUGCACCGUCUGCCGCUGUGGCCGCCCUACCAGGUCACGGAGCCCUACUACCCGUUCCGAACCUCGGCCGUCGAGGAGUUCGUGAUAGGGUCGGAACGCUGCGAGGUCGACAGCCCUCCAUACUGCAACGGACCUCUCAAACCUGGCGCUCGUUACUACGUCAAGCUGCGGGCCUUCACUGCCCGCGAUAAGUUCACGGACACGGCCUACACACUAGUAUACACCGAGGCUGACAACACUGGGUGGAUCGCGGGAGGCGCGGUGUGUGCGGCGGCGCUGUGUGCUGCCGGGGCGGGCGCUCUGGUCCUGCGUCGACGGAGAGCCCGCGCGUCGCCCACCGCAGUCCCUGCGCCACAGGCCUCCAGACCUGUACGAGUGUCGGACUUCAUAGAUCAUUACAGACUCAUGUCUGCUGACUCGGAUUUCAGAUUUAGCGAAGAGUUCGAGGAGUUGAAGCAUGUGGGGCGCGAGCAGCCAUGCACGGCCGCCGAUCUCCCCUGUAAUAGACCCAAAAACAGGUUUACCAACAUCCUGCCCUACGACCACUCGCGUUACAAGUUACAACCUGUGGAUGACGAGGAGGGCUCCGACUACAUCAACGCCAACUACGUGCCCGGACACAAUUCCCCCCGCGAGUUCAUCGUGACCCAGGGUCCACUCCACUGCACCCGAGACGACUUCUGGCGCAUGUGCUGGGAGUCCGGAUCUCGCGCCAUAGUCAUGUUGACCCGCUGUGUAGAGAAAGGCCGCGAGAAGUGCGACCGCUACUGGCCUUACGACACGCGGCCAGUGUACUAUGGAGACAUUGCGGUGACGUCACUCAACGAAAGUCGCUUCCCUGACUGGACAGUUACGGAGCUGGCGGUGUGCCGCGGCGCGGAGCAGCGCGUCGUGACGCACUUCCACUUCACCACGUGGCCAGAUUUUGGAGUCCCGGACCCGCCGACUGCACUGGCCCGCUUUGUGAGGGCCUUCCGUGAGCGUUGUCCGGCGGACGGUAGGCCUGUGGUGGUGCAUUGCAGCGCUGGGGUCGGCCGCUCGGGGACGUUUAUCACACUGGAUCGAGCGCUGCAGCAGCUGGCCGCUCACGCGGACACGCUCGAUAUAUUCGGUAUGGUGCAUGCCAUGCGCCGCGAGCGAGUGUGGAUGGUGCAGACGGAGCAACAGUACAUCUGUAUACACCAGUGUGUGGUGGCAGCACUAGAGGGCGCAGACCUUGCGCCUCCUUCACCGCCGCCCAACAACCAUCAUCUCAACCCCGCCUUCGAAGGGAGUGUUAACUGUAAGGGAUCAAUAAAACAUGCUGUGGUCAUUGGCAUGGCAGGUGGUGGGUAACCGGUGAGACGAGGCGGUUAAGGAAGAUACAAUACGAUGAGGGGAUCGCGGAGUCGGGUAUGUGACCCGCAUGAUGUCGUAGCGCCCCUGGUUAUCACAACGGGGCCUUCGGGACCGGGGAGGGUCACGGUCGCGACACACAGCAUUGCAUUUGAGAAGACAUCGCCCUUCCAUUUUUUGUACUUAAAUUGUAACGUUCUCGUCGCCGUCCAGUAGUUUUAAGUUUUAUAUACUUUUGUAAAAAUGUAAAUUAGUUAAUAUGGACCAAUCAUGCUGAUGUGCAUAUAAGUUAAAUAUGUUGAUUAUGUAACUCACAAUCAAAAACAGAUGACUGCUCGUUCAAUAGCAUUGUUAUUAAAAUUACACCAAGACUUAACUUAUCAGUUAAUAAUAAUAUCAUGUAUUUUAUUAAUUAUUUCAAGUCAGUCAUUUCACAUUUUAUUAAAUUGACUUAAUCUAAGAGGCAAUUUUUUUUUAAAUAUAUAAAUAUAGUACUAACUUAUAUUUUGUGCUAUUGUAAAUAAACUUCGUAUAUACUGUAUUCUAGAAACAGUGUUGACAAUUAAGUAAUAGUCGGUGUGUUCAGGUAAAUUUAUGAAUAUAACUUAUGUUUAUAUGGAGUCUGUACUUAUACGUUUAAUAACAUUAACAUAAUUAUAAAUGACCAUUUGAAUCUCAAAAUGUACUUAUACAAGUUUUAUUGUUAAAAAAUUGUUAUGGCAUUUGAUUUUAGAAAAAGUUAUUGGGAAUGUUUAGUGAAUUUUUUAGGUAUGUAAGCCAUGUAAAAUUCGCAAUUGAAAACCAAUUGAGAAUUGGUAACAAUUUUGCAAUAACAACGCUUUAAAUGUAUUAACCUACCAUUUAUCUUAUACUAGAAAUAUACAUUAUUUUAUUACUUGUUU